UUUUUUUGCUCCCAGGGUUAAGGGUUUGAAUCGGGUGGGGGUGGUCGUGGCUUUGGUGGGAUGGAGCCUCGCGUUGGGAACAAGUUUCGCCUUGGUCGCAAGAUCGGAAGCGGUUCGUUUGGCGAGAUCUAUUUAGGUACUAAUAUCCAAACCAAUGAGGAGGUCGCAAUUAAACUCGAGAAUGUCAAGACUAAGCAUCCUCAGCUGCUUUAUGAAUCAAAGCUGUAUAGGAUCCUGCAAGGAGGAACUGGAAUUCCUAAUGUGAGAUGGUUUGGUGUUGAGGGCGAUUACAAUGUUCUUGUAAUGGAUUUACUAGGACCAAGUCUUGAAGACCUGUUCAACUUUUGCAGUCGGAAGCUGUCUUUGAAGACUGUUCUGAUGCUUGCAGAUCAAAUGUUAAAUCGAGUGGAAUUUGUGCAUUCAAAGUCCUUCCUCCACCGAGACAUUAAACCAGAUAAUUUUAUCAUGGGUCUUGGUAGACGGGCUAAUCAGGUAUAUAUAAUUGAUUUUGGCCUUGCCAAGAAGUACAGGGACACUUCAACUCAUCAGCAUAUUCCCUAUAGAGAGAACAAAAAUUUAACUGGGACUGCCCGUUAUGCAAGUGUGAAUACACAUCUUGGCAUAGAACAAAGCAGGAGGGAUGAUUUGGAAUCUCUGGGAUAUGUUCUAAUGUACUUCUUAAGAGGAAGCCUUCCCUGGCAAGGUCUAAAAGCAGGAACGAAGAAGCAGAAAUAUGAAAGAAUUAGUGAAAAAAAAGUGGCCACAUCAAUUGAGGCUUUAUGUCGGGGAUAUCCUACAGAGUUUGCAUCUUACUUCCAUUAUUGCCGUUCAUUGAGAUUUGAGGACAAACCUGAUUAUGCAUAUCUUAAGAGAUUGUAUCGGGAACUAUUCAUUCGGGAAGGUUUUCAGUUUGAUUAUGUGUUUGAUUGGACUAUUUUAAAGUAUCAGCAAUCUCAGAUAGCUGGUGCUCCUCCAUAUGCUAUUGGUCCAAAUGCAGGACCUAGCUCUGGCUUGGUUCCUGCUGUCGCCAAUGAUAGGCAGUCAGGUGGUGAGGAAGGACGGACAGGUGGUUGGUUGGCUACUGACCCUUCCCGUCAUGGACGAGCAUCUCUAGCUGUAAAUAUUGGCAACCUAUCCAAGCAGAAGGCCCCUAUGGCAAAUGAUCCAGCUGCCAGUAAAGAUGCUAUGGUUUCCGAUUCUACUUUUAUGGGAUGGUCAAGUGGAUCCUCAAGGCGACUUGCUGUUUCUGGUGGUCGAGACAUUGUGGGGAUUGAUGCAGAUCAAUCUCGAACUCGCACUGCAGAGGCGAGUCCAGUGACUUACCACAAAGUUUCAAGUGGCCAGAGAAGUUCUCCAAUUGUUUCAUCUACAUCUGGAAGGAAACCGUCAGCAAUUAAGAACUACGAGUCUGCGCUGAAAGGCAUUGAAGGCCUUCAUUUUGAUAGCAAAGAGAAGAACUAGUUAUAGUCACUGCUACUUCUGCUGCAAUUUCGACUGGUGUGAUGUUCCUCUAGAGAUCAAAGUGAAGGAACACUUUGGUGUGAAUCUUAUAAUAAGGACACAGUUGGUUGCUAUGAAACUUUGACUGCUGAUUUGAUGUGCCGCCCCUCCAAAAGAUUGAAGGAAUAGCAAGUGGUUCAAUCAUCAAAGGAAAUUAUGCGCAUUUGUUGAGGAAAUAUGCUGAAGUUGGAAUAAGAAUAGUUUCUUCUUGUUUUAUUAGUCAUAGAUGCUCUGCCAUUAUGUUAUAGAUGCUCUGCCAUUAUGUUAUCUUGACGUUUUUAUUUUUAUUUUUUUUGUUAUUCUCGGAAUUUUACAUGUUUGGUUAUAUACUUGAACGUGUCACCUUUAAAGCUUGUCUUUUACCAGCAGAAUGCAUUGCAGAGAA